AUGCUAGCCUCAGCUGGAUGCAUCGCUCGAGACGUUCCUCCCUAUGCGAUCCUGUCACACACCUGGGGGGAGCAGGCAGAGCUCAAGGGUGGUUAUCAAAAGAUUUUCUUCUGCGCUCACCAAGCUAAGCGCGAUGGUCUGGACCACUUCUGGGUAGACACCUGCUGCAUCGUCAAGGCAAACAAUACAGAGCUAUCGGAAGCGAUCAGCUCUAUGUUUCGCUGGUAUCAGAACGCAGCGAGGUGUUAUGCCUACCUAUCGGACGCUGAGAACAACAACAUCUUAGAUGGCGAGGGCGCGUCGGCUUUCAAGCGAAGCAGAUGGUUUACCCGAGGCUGGAUGCUUCAGGAGCUUCUGGCUCCUAGAUCGGUCGAAAUCUUCUCUAAAGAAGGAGCGCGGCAAGGGGACGAGGAGUCACUUGGACACAUCAUCCACAAGCUCACAGGAAUACCUCUCGAUGCUUUGUCAGGAAAGCAAAUGUCCGAGCACAGCGUAGCUGAGCGGUUCUCUUGGGCAGGCGAUCACGAGACGACACUUCGAGAAGAUGGUGCAUAUUGUUUGCUAGGCAUAUUUGAUAUCCAUCUACCCUUGAUCUAUGGCGAAGGCAAAUAGAAGGCAUUGAAGCGACUGAAGAGGAAGAUAAAGGAGGCUUCCGAGGACGACGCAAGUACUCUCACAAACAGUACUGAGGCUCGUAGGCAAGGCCAAGAAGAGGCUUGGCAAGAUCUGCAGCUGGCUUUCGCCGCCUGACCCAUCUACCAACUACCACAAAGCGCACAAGCAGCGGCAGGCCGAGACUGACUGGACUCUAGUUGCUGGAUGGUCCAAAGUUCACAGAAUGGAGAGAGCGUGCAGGAUCGCGACUAUGGCUGUACGGGAUUCCAGGAUGCUGAGAGACCAUCUUGAGCUCUACCAUUAUCGAGCAUCUGCUGCAGCACUGCCAUGACAACGCUAGUAUGGUGACGGCAUACUUCUACUUC